UGUGCAUCUGCCUUCAACAAUCAACAAUCGUGUAGUAAAGGAAUGUGAGUCAAUUAUACACAGAGGAAAAGAUAAACCACAUUUAGCAGCGACCUAUACCCCACACAAGGUUUAUGAGGGACAAUCCGUAACGCUCUGCUGCUGCUCUGAAAGUCUGGCAAAAUCAAUAGAGAUAUGGUGGAGGAUGAACAGUUUAAUACUGUCUUCAAAGAAUGAUACGAACGUCCAUUGUCAUAAAAUUAUGUACGUCAGUCGUAACGAUAGCGGUGUUUACAGAUGUUUUGUAGAUAACGAGAUUGGAUUAUUGAAUGCUGAUGUUAAAAUUGAAGUUUCGUACCCUCCCGAUAUUCCAGAUCAACACAUAAAUGUUACAGAAAAUAAUGUUUUGCGAACCCUACAGUGUCUUGCAAACGGGGUACCUGCAAAGUAUACAUAUGGCCAGUGGAAGCAUCUGUCAUUUUGCGGUGAAUACAUUAGAUAUCUAAAUUCUACUAUUGACGGAAGAGUAAUGUCACCUCAAAUAGCAAAUAAGAUGAAAAGGUAUCAGGACAACGGUAUCUACAUAUGUACUGCCUCAAACGGAGUGGUUGAUAGAACCGGCAAUAGUUUUCAGAACGGAAACAUAUUAGUUAUCGCAAAAGGUCCGCCUGUAUUUGUGGAGAAAAUUGAAUAUGAUCAGUAUGGUAAUCUUGGGCGAAUAUUUAAUCUGAAAUUUUUUGUAUACUCUAAAUCUGAGAUUGAAUGGUAUAACAUAAAAAGUGAGAACAAAGAAACAGCAGCUUCCAUACAGAUGAUUCAUGUAAAUAAUACUAUGAUAACAGAAAUAACCAUAGAAGCCAUUGAAAUCGUUUUGAGCUUCAACAUAUCACAAAACAGUAGCUCUCAUAUGUACACUGUGACACUUUGCAAUGGUUAUGGCAAUUACAGUUUUGAAGUUGAGAUAAAAUCAGUUCCAGUAGAAGAGAAAAUUACCCAUGGUACCAAGGUUGGAAUUAUCAUCAUUUUUGUAAUUUUGGUAAUGUGUGUCCCAGUUUUUGUAGCAGCAGUUUUCCUGAGAAGGAAAAGAAACAGAAAGAGAAGAAUAGUGGACAACAUACCAGAAUCAGUAGAAGGUCAGCCAUUGCCUGUAGAGAACAUUGUGUAUGAAGCUGCGAUAGCAUUUCGACCAACACCCCUUCAAGCUAGCGGUGAAGUCAUUGAAUAUAAUAAUGAAACAUACAGCCAAGAGCAGACCAUGCGACCAUUGACAGGACAGUUGAAUUAUUCAGAUAUGUAUUUUCAACCGUCUACGUCUCAAGAUACGCGGAUCAUAGGAAUAGAAAACAGAACAGUAUAUAGCGAUGUAAUUAAUUCAGAAAGAGGCAGUAGUGCCAUCGCCACGAGGAGUAUAUCCAGUAGUGAUGAAGAAGAUUUUGUUGACAUUGAGGGUCUUGAAAAUUUCAUUGACAGAAGUGAGGACAUUUGAAUUUGAAAAAAAUUUAUGUAAGAUAUCACGAAAACAGACUAAAAGUUAAAAAAUAAGAAAUCACAUUUCAACAUUUCCCAGGUCUAGGCAUCGACCAUCCAUUUUAUUAUUUGAGAAGACAAAAAUAUUGAAAACCGACAAUGAUUAGAUACAAAAAAACAUCUUGCGUCUGUAAGAUUAUGAAAAUAAAGUUUGUUUUCAAAUAAGUUGAA